UAGAGAAAUUUUUUCUUAACUGUUAGAAUAGUUUAAAUUUCUUUCUUUAAGUGAAAAUAGAUCUGACCAAUGGAUAUAAGAAAGGAACUAAUUGGAUCUUAUAUAGUUGUCUGUUUGAAAGACAAUACGAAGUAUUAUGGUCAAGUCAAAAAUUUUGAUAACAAAUCCAUUUGUCUGACAAAUGUAGUUGUUAAUGGUAAACCAUAUUCCUAUCCAGAAUCGGUGAAAAGUAUUUCGACCGACCUGAUAAAAAGUUAUGAAGUGUUAGAUUUAACUGAAGGUAAAAUACGUGAAUUUCGCACAAAAGAAAAGAAUGCAAAGUUUGCAGUAUCUGAUUCACAUGAAGCAGAUGAUAAGAGUGCUAGAAUCAAGCUUAACAUGAAAAGUUUUGUUGCAAGUUAUGACGAAAAAUGGCAGCAAAUGUUUCCUAAACAAUAUGAAGAGAAGAAAAGAGCCAUGGAAACUGCAAGAAGUAAUCCUAAACACUGUUAUUUUGGAAUAAAUGAUCCUAACGUAGAGUUGAAACCAAUUUGGAGCUCUAGUGUUUUGCUUAGUAAUGGCCUAAUCUAUCAAGCUCUACCUAAAUGUAAGCCAACUGGUGUUUCUAAUAUAUUUGACUGCUUGCGGAAAUACACUGAACCAGGCAAAUCUGAAGAACGUCUACCUUUCUUUAAUCCAUUCAAAUACAAGCCACUGGAUUUAGUUAACAAUGAAUGUGAUGAUCAAAUAGCCACUGAAGAGCAAGAUUCAGGUAAUGCUUCUGUAACAAAUGAACAGAAGGAGUUUGAUUUUAUGUUAACUAAGUUAAGAACAAUGGGAUGUAAUACGAAGACACUUCUUGAUGAUGAAACUAUAAAAGAAGCAUACGACAAUAUACUUGCAGAGAAGAAACAGGCAAUGCUCAAGGCACAAAAUGAGAAAGACAAUAUGGCCAAAUGCUCUGCCGCUUCAUUGGGUAUGCGUCCAGAGAUGUUCGAAACAAAAACUGGUUUCACAAUUCCAGCAAUCCGUUUAGCUGAACGUACCGAAAUCGUGACACUUAUGAACCGUUCAUUGAGGAAUGACAAUGUGAAUACUCUAAUUAGUCACUGUAUUUUCCGCAGCUUAUUGGAAGUAUGGAAAUGCAAUGAAAAUAAUGUUAAACAAUAUCCGGAUGUAGUCGUGCUUUGUGCAGCAAAUGCUGAUGCCAACGAAAUUUGUGAAAAGUUGGUUAAUCUUCUAUACAAAAAGACUAAUAUUUGGGUUGUCAAUGAAGCACAAAUGACAAAUAAAAACUCCUAUCGUGACUGUGUGAAAAACUUUUACAAUCAUGAUAUAGAUUUUGUUGUCAUCUGUUUGCAUCCAAUGUGCAGCAUUAAGUGGAUACAAAACCUUGAAUAUUGGUUUAAGGACUUAGAUAUUUCAAUGUUUUUAAUUGAUCCACCGGUCAACUACAAACCCUUAGCACCUCGCUGCAUUAUAUAUGGUUUGGUACCAGUUUUACCAUUGAUUGGUUUUAAUCCGAAAAAUUAUGAUGAGCUAUUUUUGUGCAAUUUGUGUAUUUCUGAUCAAAUUAUUAAUAACGUCGUCGGAUGUUAUGAAAAUCCUUUUGAUGAUAAUAUUUUUGUUCCACUUGUUGAUGCCAUCAGAAUGGACAAAAAGACGGAGUAAAAUUGUGCCAAAUAUUUUAUAUAUAUUUUUUAUUUUUCAAAUUAUAUGUACAAUAAAUUUACAUAAUGAAGUUUAAUAAA